ACAGAAGAGCGAACACUGAAUACUAAGGCAUAAUUAUAUUAUCGUGUCAUCAUGGCUUUACUAGUUGACAAGCUGCGCCCGCGAAGCCUGGAAUCUCUCUCCUACCAUCAUGAUCUUUCUGACCGGUUGAGGUCUCUGGCACAAAGCGGCGACUUCCCCCAUCUCCUCGUAUACGGACCAUCCGGCGCCGGAAAGAAAACCCGAAUCAUCGCGACGCUCAAAGAGCUUUACGGCCCCGGAGUGGAGAAGAUCAAGAUCGACGCACGAGUCUUCCAAACCACAAGCAACCGGAAACUCGAAUUCAACAUCGUAUCCUCAAUCUACCACCUCGAAAUCACCCCUUCAGACGUCGGAAACUAUGACCGGGUCGUGGUCCAGGAAUUACUGAAGGAGGUCGCGCAGACGCAGCAGGUCGAUCUCUCCGCGAAACAACGGUUCAAGGUCGUCGUGAUCAAUGAGGCGGACCAUUUGACUCGCGAUGCGCAGGCCGCUCUGAGACGUACGAUGGAGAAAUACAGUCCCAACAUGCGGUUGAUUCUUCUGGCCAAUAGCACCUCGAACAUCAUCGCUCCUAUUCGUUCUCGUACCCUGCUGGUCAGGGUUGCUGCGCCGACAGAAGAACAGAUUUGCACGGUUCUGAAAACUGCAGGCAAGAAGGAGGGGUGGACUGAGGCGGCCGAGCUCAAUAAGAGGAUAGCGAAGGAGAGUGGGCGGAAUCUUCGAAGGGCAUUGCUUAUGUUCGAGGCGAUCUAUGCUCAAAGUGAGAAAGUGUCGGACAGCACCCCAAUUCCACCACCAGACUGGGAGGCUCUUAUUUCUUUGACGGCGGAGGAGAUCCUAGCAGAGCGAUCGCCUGCUCGACUGCUGCAGGUUCGCGCACGGUUAUAUGACUUGUUAACCCACUGCAUACCUCCUACGACUAUCAUCAAGACGUUGACAUUCAAACUCGUUACCAAGGUUGAUGAUGCCCUCAAGCCAGACGUCAUCAAGUGGUCUGCCUUUUACGAACAUAGAAUCAAGCAAGGCACUAAAGUGAUCUUCCAUCUCGAGGCUUUCGUAGCCAAGUUCAUGCGCAUCUAUGAGAGUUACCUCAUGGGCAUGGACUUCUAAACCAAGAAAUAAUGAAUAAUGAUUGUAUAAUAUCAUGUCUUAGCAUUUGAAGAAAGAGAGCAUCAUUAUACUAAUUCAAGAUCGUCGUUUCUGUU